AUGAUCUCUAAUUACCAUCUUUCCAGAAACAAUCUGGUUAAAUCAAAUAGUUACCAUGGCAACAAUGGUCAAUAUCAUCGCAAAUCAUUGGUAGAUAAUACGGCACAGCAAGGCAGCAUGAUGCUGCCACCAAUGAGCAGAAUAUCACGUGCAUCGACAAUGUCAACCAUCAUGGAAAAGCAGCAUUUGUCUCGUACUCUUACCCCUCCACCGCAACAGAAUAAGAGAAACAAAAAGAGGCACUCAUCUAGCAGUAGUAAUCGCAUUAGCGCAAUGAACCUGAUGGAGGAUGACAUUCCAUUGGCACUAUUAGCAUACAAGAAAGGAUAUACCAGCAUGUCACCUCAAUUGAGCAGCACAUCUACCAGCGAUAGACCGCUUUCUAGCAGCAUGAUCCAGAGCAAUUAUAAUCAACCAUCCGAUGCAUCUCUUGUAAGGAAAAAGAAGCAUCAUCGGGUAUCUUCAUCGUCACCGCCACCAUCAUUAUCACCAUCGUCAUCACCAGCGCAACCAGUACACAAAAGAAAGAAGAAGCCAGUGCCCUAUCAGCUGAAAACCAACACUGAUAGCAGCACAUCGCAAUCAUCCACAGUGGUAGCCACUCCCACCAUCGAACAACAAGAUCCCCAUUUAACCAAACAAACGACAAAAAUGUCCUUCAAGAAGAAAUGGCUUUCAUCUUUACGUAAAGUAUUUUCCACAUCUCCCAAAAAGUAA